AUGCCACACGAGGGAAGAGGACACGGAGGACAUGGGUUCAAGUGGAUACUUCCGCCAGAGGUUGAAGCGGCACUCCCAGAAGAAACGCGAGAUGAGAUCAACGCGAUUCGAAGCGAUGAAUCACUGAGUCGUCAUGAAAAGCAUGAUCGAAUCAUGUCGGUGUUGGACAGUUUACCCGAAGAUGUCCGAGCUCAGCUCCCAGCUCCGCCAUUGCCCCCAUGGGUUCAACAUUUGCCCGACGAGGAUCGGGAGAGAUUUGAAGCGGUUCACAGCGAUACUUCGCUCGGCUUUCGCGAGAAGCGAGCAAGGGAAAGGGAAUUUCUUGACGGAUUGCCGGAUGAUGUGAAAGAGAAAAUGCGUCGUGAGAGAAGCCGCAGUCGGGGAAGAAUGCGUGGUUGUUGGAAAGGGCAACAAAAAUCAUUCCCAUCU